CACCCUACACACCAAUUCAAGCACACCAGCUGAUUAAACAGCAGCAGAUUCCACUGCACCAAUCAACGCCGAAAGCACAUCAUCAACUUAUUAUCCAGCAGCAGAUCCAACACAGACAGCAACUGCAGCCUCUCGCUCUUCAGGCCCAGGCUUCUGACCCUCCACAGUCUCAGCACUGCCUGCCAAUCCAACCCCACAGUCAAUCGCUAAUCCAGGCCUCUUCCCAAUCGCCUCACUGUAUAUCAACCCAGGCCCAUAGCCAACCAUUGAGCCAACCUUCAGCUCACUCUCAUCCUCAGAGCCAGCAGCAGACGGUUGUGGUCUCUCCAGUACCCUCUCAGUCGCCGCCGAGCCCACCAGCAUCUACAAUCAUCAUCCAGCCGCAGGCACUAAUACAGACGCAGUCUCACAGCCUGGUUCACACGCAUCUGCCGUUGGGCUCCAGCCAGCAGCCAACCUCACCUCAUGUGCCACCAAGCCAACAGCCACAGCCAGCGCACAUACUGCCUGCCCAUCGCUCACCGGUCGCUCAGAUUGGGCCUUUGCGACAGUCAAGUCCAGUGACAACGCACUUAUCUACUCCACCCCAGCAGCAACAUCCAACGCUGGUGUCACCUUUGCAAGAAGUUCCGUCAACGGCCCCAGGUCACCUCCAGCGGCUGCCGUUGCAGUCAGUGCAGAACCUGACGGUACCAUCAGACAUUGUUUCCUCCACUCAAGUGCUACCACAGACUGUUCUACAUUCACGGGAACAACUCCCUGCUGCCCAGGCUCUGAUUCAAAUGCCCUUCCAGGCUCUUCCCCCACCCCAGACCAUUGCUGUUAAUCUUCAAGUCCAGCCUUCAGCUCCAGUGGAUGCGCCACUGGUCUACCCUGUGGAAGACCACGAGAUGAGGGAGGACCAGGAAGAAUGCUAUGCAACACACAGACCAGUUUCAACACCUCCCUCUGAGUCCGAAUCCUCUAUCUCCACAGCACAAGGAGAAGCUCUGUCAGCUGUGGACAUUUGCCAAGGUCAG